CGGCGCCGCCGCCCGCUCCGCGUCUCGGGGAGGCGGCAGCGAAGAUGGCGGCGGCGGCGGGCAGAGCCGGCUCCUUCGGCUCCGCUUCGCCCGGGCUCGGCUCCGCUGUCGCUUUUUCUUCUUCUUCCGCUGCUACUGCCACGACGAACAACAACGCGGAGCUGCGGGCGGGCGGCGACGAGGACGAUGGGCAGAACCUCUGGUCCUGCAUCCUCAGCGAGGUGUCCACACGCUCCAGGUCGAAGCUUCCUUCGGGAAAGAACGUCCUCCUGCUGGGUGAAGAUGGAGCAGGUAAAACUAGCUUAAUAGGAAAAAUUCAAGGAAUAGAAGAAUACAAAAAAGGAAGAGGAAUGGAGUAUUUGUAUUUAAAUGUGCAUGAUGAAGAUCGAGAUGAUCAAACAAGAUGUAAUGUAUGGAUCUUGGAUGGUGACCUGUAUCAUAAAGGUCUUCUUAAAUUUGCAAUGGAGGCAAGCUCUCUAAAGGACACUUUGGUUAUGCUGGUAGUAGAUAUGUCUAGGCCUUGGACUGCACUGGAUUCUUUACAAAAAUGGGCAAGUGUUGUAAGAGAGCAUAUUGACAAGUUAAAAAUUCCUCCUGAAGAAAUGAAAGAAAUGGAACAAAAGUUGGUAAGAGACUUCCAGGAAUAUAUAGAACCAGGCGAGGAUUUUCCAGCUUCUCCACAGAGAAGAAAUACUUCAUUACAGGAAGACAAAGAUGACAGUGUGAUUUUACCCCUGGGUGCAGAUACACUAACAUGUAACUUAGGCAUUCCAGUAGUAGUAGUUUGUACAAAGUGUGAUGCUAUCAGUGUUCUGGAAAAAGAGCAUGACUACAGGGAUGAACACUUCGACUUCAUUCAGUCACAUAUCCGACGGUUUUGCUUACAAUAUGGGGCAGCACUAAUUUACACUUCAGUAAAGGAAAACAAAAACAUUGAUUUAGUAUAUAAAUAUAUAGUCCAGAAAUUAUAUGGAUUUCCUUUCAAUGUUCCAGCUGUUGUUGUGGAAAAAGAUGCAGUAUUUAUUCCUGCAGGUUGGGAUAAUGACAAGAAGAUAGGAAUAUUGCAUGAGAACUUUCAGACACUAAAAGUGGAAGACAGUUUUGAAGAUAUCAUAACAAAGCCACCAGUGAGGAAGUUUGUUCAUGAAAAAGAAAUUGUAGCAGAAGAUGACCAAGUGUUUCUUAUGAAGCAGCAGUCACAGUUGGCGAAACAACCACCUACUGCUGCAGGAAGGCCAGUGGAUGCCUCACCAAGAGUUCCUGGAGGGUCUCCUAGGACACCAAAUAGAUCUGUAACAUCAAAUGUUGCCAGUGUUACACCUAUCCCUACUGGGUCCAAAAAAAUUGAUCCCAAUAUGAAAGCUGGAGCUACUAGUGAAGGAGUCCUGGCUAACUUCUUCAAUAGUCUGCUGAGUAAGAAAACUGGUUCCCCUGGUGGCCCUGGUGGUGUUGGCAGCAGUCCUGGAGGAGGUGGCACUGGAGGUGCUGGCAGCAAUUUACCACCGUCAGCAAAAAAGUCGGGCCAGAAGCCAGUUUUAACAGAUGUUCAGGCAGAACUGGACAGAAUUUCACGAAAACCUGAAAUGGUCUCUCCUACAACACCUACAUCUCCUGCAGAAGGUGAAGCAUCUUGAAGACACCAAAUAAAACCAAUUAUUCAGUUUUCUGGGAUAAAUUCAAACUCGCCUCUGCCUCUUCUUUCAGUGACUGGAACUAAAGAGCUGAAACUUUUUUCUUUUUUUUUUCUGGAGAACACCAACAGUUGAUGUCUGUCUUUCACAUGCAUUGCCCAGCUUUACAAAAAGGAACUGUACAGAUGGAAAACAGUAUCACACCAUGUAGGACUACUGUUCACAGGCAACAAUAGUAAAUUAACUUCUUUCUGGGUUUUGUUGAAAAUUCAGUUUAAUUCUGUAAAUUUGCAAAUGUGUCCACUUUAUCUGAAGUUAGAGGUUGCUUAGAUUGGGAAAAAUGAUACACACCACAGGCACUUAAUUUAUAUUGACCUCCUGACGUGUUAGUCAAGUUCAAUACCAUCUUAAAUAGAUUAGCCUCUAAAGAUGAGAGCUACUAUGAGUUUUAUGGAAGAAAAAAUGAUAAAUUGCACAAAACUGUAACAACAACAAUAAACUCCAAAUAUAUUUGAACACUUCAUCUGGAAUAUGUUUGCAAUUCUGUUUCAUCUCCCCUGAGAUUUUUUUACUGAAAAAAAAAAAAAAAUUCAAAAACUUCAUUCUAGAUGCAAGACCUGAAAUUAGUGGCCAACUUGAUUUUCCCUCCCUUGAUUUAAUUUCAGACACUGAAUAAAAGAUGUAUAAAUAAAAAGCAGAGGUUAAAUGUAUAGAUCAUCAGUAUCCAGAUUUGUCUAUAUAUAUGGCUCAGCCUUAAUGUCCUCCUUUUUUUGUUUCCCAUACUAGUUGUUUUAAAAUUGGUCAUCAAAACUGUAAUUGGUUAAUAAAGUAUUCUCUGCAUUCAAAUUUAAA